CCCCUGACCCAGCCGUCUCUCCUGCAAUUGCCUCCUCCCAGAGUCACUAUGAACCCCAGCCGGCCAAGCGAGGAAUUAUCCUACAAGCUGAGGUUGGCAGUUGCGCUGCUGAUAAGUGGCAGCAAUCUCUUCCUGCUCAUCGCCCUGGUGUCGGAUUAUUGGAUCAACGCCCGCAAUGGGCUGCUCUAUUUGGGCUUAUGGAAAGGCUGCAACGCGGAUGUGUGCGUCUCACAGACCGGACUGGUUUAUGCCAAAGUCGCCCUCAUUACCUGCUUUAUCCUGGCCCUGGUGUUUAAUGCGGUCACCGUGUUGCACUUCAAAUACGACUUCUCCACCAUUCCCAACUUCAAGAGACGUAUAGGAUGGGGAAUGAUGGCAAUAGGAUUGUUCGAGUUUUAUGGAAUGGCCCACGGAACAGCUUUUCUUGUGGUCUCGCCAAUUUUUGAGAGUGUUUCUUGGGCACUCAUCCUGGGUUGGAUAGCAGUCGUUCUUGCAUUUGCAGCAGGAGGGGUGAGCUACUAUCAUGCCAGGAGAGAGCCAGAGAUUCCAGAACCAACCACUGCCCCCACCUCAGCAACCAAUCCAGUGUUUAUAACCACAGAAAAAGACCCACCCCCCAGCUCUAUUAUUGUAUCUUAAUCUUACUCUCAUCAGGUGCCGCCAUUUUAUCCACCCACCAUGUUCUACACACAAAAUACAGUGGACCAAAUAAAUAGGAUUGGGGUGGACAUGCUCAAAAACAAUCACGUGGCCACUUGCUACACCAAAAAUGCAGAUGUUUUUUACCUGUAUAUAUGCUUACCCCCCACCAUAGGUAAAUAUUACAACCUUGCUGAUCAUUUCUCUUGCAUUAACUCUAUGCAUACUGUGCUGUAAAUAAGAAUAAUUGAGGGUGGGUUCUGGGAGUAUUCAAUAAAUUCGUAAAAACAAAGUUGA